CUCCAUGGUACAAGAAGUGUCAUGCCUGCACUUCACCUGCCGCUGCCCAAAAACUGGUGCUGGCUUUUAUGGACCCCAAGUUCGCCGGAAAACCAAUCGCCUCCGCCUCAUAUUACCGCGGUGGACAGAUGGACAUCGAACAGAUGCCUGAAACACCCAACCGAGGCGCCCACCACCGCCGAGCCCAGUCAGAGACGUUCUUCCGUUUCCCAGACGAAGACAUCCUUCUAGAUGAUGUUGUUGCCGACUUUAAUUUCGCCAACAUCGACUUACCAUCUCUCUCAUCCGACGCUCCCAUCCCCACAACCACCGGUGAAUCAUCGUCUAAGUCAGAGGGAGAGUCCUCCGACGUCAACGCCGUCAAAUCGACGGCGAGUAGACCGCCGGGACCCGUUAAUCAUAUCAGAAGCCUCUCUGUGGACGCUGACUUCUUCGAUGGGUUAGGUUUAAGCUCCGCCGCUGAGGCGAGCGGUGGGUAUCGUCAUAGGCAUAGUAAUUCGAUGGAUGGGUCUGCUGCAUCGUCGUUUGAAGGGGAUUCGAUGUUGAUGAUGUUGGAUAAUUCGAAGAAAGCACUUGCCCCUGAUAAACUAGCUGAACUUGCUUUGAUCGAUCCCAAGAGAGCUAAAAGAAUUCUUGCAAAUAGACAAUCAGCUGCACGUUCAAAGGAGAGGAAAAUAAGGUAUACAAGUGAAUUGGAGAGAAAAGUACAGACCCUUCAAAACGAGGCAACAACAUUGUCUACCCAAGUGACAAUGCUCCAGCGUGAUACAAGUGGACUAACUUCUGAGAACAAAGAGCUCAAGCUGCGGUUACAAGCCUUGGAACAACAAGCAAAACUUAGAGAUGCUUUGAACGAAACCCUAAGAGCAGAAGUGCAGCGGCUCAAAAUCGAGACCGGUCAACUGCCGCCACUUAACGGGAUGAACUACCACCACCACCGCUCAUUGCCGCCUCAAUAUUCAUCACACCAACAAACAUUUCAUCACUUUGGCAAUCAGAACCCUCAACAGCCGCCACAACAGCAGAUUCGACCGCCUGAUGCCGCCACUAACCGCCCGCCCAAACCGACCUUCAUGGACUUUAAUUAACAAAUAUCAUAACAUUUUCGGGUGCAUUUGGGCUUUGAGGGCUUUUUGGUAUUAUAUCAUUUUGUAGAUAAAAAUGGGAUGUGUGGACGCAUGUGAUAGUUAUUUGUUAUAUAUAACUUAAAAGUUUUUUUUUUAUGAAACUUGGGAUGAUGAU